CUGCGGAAGCGCAGGCAGCAGCUGAGGCGGCGGCAGGCUCAGGUGCAGCCGCUGGAAGCUAAAGCUGUGUGUAUUUGUGGAUCAGACAAGUGCAGCAAGUUAAUAUCAUUGGCUUCUGAAGGGGAGAGUGAGGUGAUGGCUGCGUUUAAGUUGGAUUUCCUUCCAGAAAUGAUGGUGGAUCAUUGCUCUUUGAAUUCCAGUCCUGUCUCAAAGAAAAUGAACGGCACCCUGGACCACCCAGACCAACCGGAUCUUGAUGCUAUUAAGAUGUUUGUGGGCCAGGUUCCGAGGACCUGGUCUGAGAAGGACUUGAGGGAACUUUUUGAGCAGUAUGGUGCUGUCUAUGAAAUCAAUGUCCUAAGGGAUAGGAGCCAAAACCCUCCUCAGAGCAAAGGGUGCUGUUUUGUUACAUUUUACACCCGCAAAGCUGCAUUAGAAGCGCAGAAUGCUCUUCACAACAUGAAAGUCCUGCCAGGGAUGCAUCAUCCUAUACAGAUGAAACCUGCUGACAGUGAAAAGAACAAUGCAGUGGAAGACAGGAAGUUGUUUAUUGGCAUGAUUUCCAAGAAGUGCACUGAAAAUGACAUCCGAGUCAUGUUCUCUUCAUUUGGACAGAUUGAAGAAUGCAGGAUAUUGCGGGGACCUGAUGGCCUGAGCCGAGGUUGUGCAUUUGUGACUUUUACAACAAGAGCCAUGGCACAGACAGCUAUCAAGGCAAUGCACCAAGCACAAACCAUGGAGCUUUAUUUGCAGCUCCUUCAGCAGACUGCCUCCUCUGGGAACCUCAACACUUUGAGCAGCCUCCACCCAAUGGGAGGGUUAAAUGCAAUGCAGUUACAGAAUUUAGCUGCAUUAGCUGCAGCAGCUAGUGCAGCUCAGAACACGCCUAGUGGUACCAGUGCCCUCACUACAUCCAGCAGUCCCCUCAGCGUCCUUACCAGUUCAGGGUCUUCACCAAGUUCUAGCAGCAGUAACUCUGUGAAUCCCAUAGCCUCACUUGGAGCCCUGCAGACAUUAGCUGGAGCAACAGCUGGUCUCAACGUUGGCUCUUUGGCAGGGAUGGCUGCUUUAAAUGGUGGCCUGGGCAGCAGUGGCCUUUCCAACGGCACUGGGAGCACCAUGGAGGCCCUUACCCAGGCCUACUCGGGUAUCCAGCAAUAUGCUGCCGCCGCACUCCCCACGCUGUACAACCAGAAUCUGUUGACACAGCAGAGUAUUGGUGCUGCUGGAAGCCAGAAGGAAGGUCCAGAAGGAGCCAACCUGUUCAUAUACCACCUGCCCCAGGAGUUUGGAGAUCAGGACCUACUGCAGAUGUUUAUGCCCUUUGGAAAUGUUGUAUCUGCCAAGGUUUUUAUAGACAAGCAGACAAACCUGAGCAAGUGUUUUGGUUUUGUAAGUUAUGACAAUCCGGUUUCUGCUCAAGCUGCCAUCCAGUCCAUGAACGGCUUCCAGAUUGGCAUGAAGCGUCUUAAAGUGCAGCUCAAGCGUUCAAAGAAUGACAGCAAGCCCUACUGAGCGUGCUCCCCUCUGAGACUGGAGUGAGAGGGUCUUCUGGCUCAGCUUGCCCUGAAGACUCGGCUACUGCCUUCUGUGGGAGUUUCGCUUCGUACAGAGGACAAGUUUGUGCUUUGGUUUCCAGUGUUUUACUUUGGAGUUUAGGUGCCAUAUCCUGAGUUGUUUCCCCCUCCCCCCAUUUAUUUAAAGUUUGCUGUGUUUGUAACCAGUGUGUUGAGAAGGACCAACACCAAACCACCCUGGCGGAGGAGGAAUAGGGAAAUGUAUUUAAAAGAUGAUCAGAAUUUGCCCCCAAACUACCCCAGAGAGGACUGGGUGGAGCAAAAAGUUGGCCCUCAGAAUCUGAGUACAAGGGUGGGUGAAAUUAGAACUGACAUCCAAGAGCUGCAGGGUGGAAGCAGGUGGGUUGGCUUUGGAGCAGAGCGGGGGUGACUUGACACUAUUGCCCUGGCAGCUGGAGUCAGAAGCUCUGCCAUAGCCAUGGAGAGUCUGAGUUUUUUCCACCUGUUUUCAGAUUCUUGUCCUGAAUUUCUGUCCCUCUUUCCUAAAAGAGGAUCAGCAAUUUUUUUUUUUAAAUACAGCAGCUGUUAAUUUAGCCUGCUAAUAUGCAAAAAGCAGGGAGACCUCACCCACAGCCCUCCUUUGGUAUUGGUUUGCCCUGCCUAGCCUGUGGCUAUUUGGGUGAAGCAGCCAAAGAGGUCAUAUUUAGUUUACUUAAACAUCAAAUUAGACCAUGACCCAUUUCCCACAGCUCCCUUUAAAUCAGGUUUCUCUGGAAAGUAUUGCCUGGUUUCCUUCCUUGUAGUUCGCCACAGCCAGGAGCAGCGCACCUCCAUCCUAAGCCACAAUUUUUUCGAGGGCAGAUUCAAGCUGCCCUUGCAGCACCUAGCUAAAGGAGGGCUCCUUUCCUGGGCAGUGAUCAAAAGCCAUCUAGCUGGGGGAGGCAGAGCCUGCUUUCUUGGUAUACCUUAAUCAGAAGGUCCCUUGAAGCCAGGGCACUGCAUUUGCCAGUGGCCAGAAAGAUUCAGAAAUCCAUGCUUUCCUCCUUGAUUGAGGUGUGCCAGCCGUAGUGUUCCCAUAGAGGUCUGGCAGGCUCCUCUUUUAACUACUCUAGCCCCAUUUUCUGCCCUUGGGGAUGGAGGAAAGUAUGUUUACAGCCUCCAUAAGGAUUUAGUGUUCAUUUACCUCAGUAUUACUGUAUCCAUUUUUGUCCUCGUGCUUAAGUUAGCUCCCUGCUGCCUCCCAGGGUCCCAUUCCAGCCCUUGCCUGUGACUCUCAGCCUGUAGGCUUUGCCUCUGCCUCUCCUGUUGUAGAGGUGGAGAGCUAGGGAUGACAUGCCGUUGGAAUGCACCUGGGCAAAGGUAGUCCUGUUAAAAUAUGGCUACUAGCUACAGCCAGGGACUGAUUCCUUGGACCCUGGAAAUGCAACCAAGACCUGGCCCCUGGCAUCAGAGAUCAGAAUAAAGGGGUUGUUUGCUUUGCAGUCAGAUAGGGGCACUCUCCUUGUCACACUGUCCCCGUGGGUAAAAACAGGGAGUGACCCUCUUGCUGUUGUACAGGUAGUUGUUGGUGUUGGAUCCCCCAUUGAAGCUGGCACAGCUGCUCCCUACUCGUAGUGAUAACCUGGGUUUGUUGUCCUCUAAGAAACAUGAAACAUAACUUCUUAAGCUGAACCACGUAAACUUGAAUUCUGCGCACUGGGAGAAAUAUGUCCUGUGUUUCAAAGGAUAAAACUGUUCUAAAGGCUUCCAGGGUUAUGAUGGGAUUUUUUUAAAUAAAUGCAAAAAUAAAAAGAAAACAAAAAAAAAAACAAAAAAAGAAAAAAAAAGAAAAAGUAAAAAAAUGCUAGGUUGGGGAGGCGCUGUUCUGAAUCCCAACCAGCUGGAACCAAGAAUGUUGUUUCUAUUUUUAUAGAAGUUUUAUACAGCUCCGGGGUGGAGAAUAUUUAUUACCUAAAUUAUAUCUCUGGAAAAGGCCAGGAUUUUGUAGAAUCCAGAAUGUGAUUGUUGUACACACAGGGUGCUGUGUAUGAUUGAAACUACUGACUUUGUGUGGCCAUUUGCAGCCCAGCUCACCUGCCCAAGGGGAAGGCUAAUGUUAAUGCUGUGAAUUGGCAAAGGAGAGAGCUGUGCUCUCCAGGGUGCUGCCGGUUCUGUGCUCCUAACCUUCUGUCUGUCUUCCUCCUUGGCCAGAACUCCCCUCCUUUCCUCCUCCUUUCUUUCCCUCCUCCACCAUUUGUCUGUGGAUUUGUCCUGGGUUCUGGGAUCUAAGCAAACUGUCCUAAUGACAAGAGGCAAAGAUACUUUGCACUGCCUUUGAUACAGAUCCCAAGGCUUCAUGCCUGCUUGAGGUUCUCUUUUCUUAAAAGGAACACUUGUCCCAGCAGGGGUCUGGUCUGCUCAGGCGGCCAGCUGGUGAGAACACGCACUUCUGUUCUAUUCUCCCUCAGCCCAGAGCAUUAGCGCAGCAGCAGCAGCACUGCCCUUGAGCACAGUUCUCUCCCCAGGCCAAAGAUGGUUUUGUGAAGAAGCUGCUCCCCUACCAGUCUCACCAUGUGAAAGGGCUUAGCUCAGAGAAUGAAGACUCGAAGUCUAGUCUUAAGCAGUCCUUUUCUGUUUUGUGGAGGUUUCACUUGCAAUGUAUUUUCUGCUGUAGUUUUCUUUUUGUUUGUUUGUUUCUUGGGUUACAUCAUGAAAUUGAUUUGCCUUGAAUGCAGCCAGAUCACUGUCUCCUGGGUUCCACAGAAGAGGCCAGUGCAUAUGUGGAAGCCAAGGGCUUGGAUUUCUGGGAACAAAGGGCCGUCCCCCUAGGACUGGGCAGGAUACCCUGGCCCUCUAUCCUGAAGAAUCUUCCCCGCCCCAGCCAGCAUCUCUCCUACUCCACCCCCUGCCCAUCUUGGCCAGGGAAUGGGAGCUGAGGCUACUGCCCUGCUCCCCCAGAUACCUUCUUUUGUUUUAUGUUGGGUGCUUCGCAGGAAAUCCAAGCCUUAGGUUCCCUUCUGUCUCUGGCAAUUGGAUGUUUUCUUGGUGUCCUCCAUGUCCUUUUUGACUUUCCCUGUGUCCAUUGUUGGCAUGUGCGAAAGUUCCCUGUCAUUACCCACCCCCGGCCCGCCCCGCCUCCUCAUUUCAGGGCUGCACACACAGUGAGUGUCCUGUUCUCUCUCUCUUUGUUUGGAUGUAUUGCUCUGUGUAACUCAGUGGGUCUCCCUCUUUCUGGUUUGUUUUUUUUUCUAGAUUCCUGCCGUUUGUUCAUCGUUGUGCCUAAAGCAUGUCGAUGUGGCGUCAAGUACAUCGUCCAAAUCCCUGUCUCUUCAGCUUCUCUGAUGCUUGAACUCUCACCUUUGACCUUGUGUUGACCUUUGAUGCUGAUGUGUAUUUUUAUUAUGUUUGUUUCUUUCUUUGUUCUUUUUUUCUUUCCUUUUUAUUUUUUUCCCUUUUGUGCUGCCAAAAUUGGUUUUGCUAGAACGACUGCUGAAGGGGAAAUAUUUAAACUUGCAUUUGAAUAUAAAAAAAUCUAUUUUUCUAGAACUUCAUAAGAUAACCACUUGAUUUUGUGAUUCCAAUUCUUUGUAAUUGUCUUCAGAGCAGCCCUACUAGCACAUACCGUGUGGUGUUUGUAUUUCUGUGAACACACAGCCAGUCCGUUUCUAGGCUUUGUUUCUCUGUGUGCUUAGUUUUAAAGACAACUUUGAAGUAAACAAUGGAAUAAAAGUGUCACUAAAACCUUUUGAGGCUCCUGAGCACAUUUUGCUGAUUUGUUUGUGAGGCUUAAGGAGACCUCAUGUAUUCUUUUGUUUUUCUUCCCUCCCUCCUGACCCCCCCCCCAGUUCUCGACUGCAGAAAACAGCUGAACCCCCUUCUUCUUUUUUGACUGAAGGCUGCAGUUUGUACCCCAGCCAGCCCUUUUUCUUUUUCUUCUGUGGCUCUUCCCUGGAAUAACCCUGCGGGGGAACUGGUCCCUCUUGUCCCUUCCCCUCAGCCCCACCCCGCUCCUUCUGUGCUUGUUCUUACAGUCUCCACAGCAGAAUGUCAUGCUUUGAGGGUUUUUAUUUUUUUUUUUGGUAUUGUUUUUGUGUUUUUCUUUUGAAUUAUUUUCCUUUCCUACUAAGAUUAUGCCCAGAAAAAAAAACAAGUUUUGCAUGUUUCCUGCUGUUUCUUCACACCUUCGUAUAUAUCACCUUCACCUCUCUGUUUUCUAUAGUUUGUGCAAAAACUGACCGAUUUAAAAGGGUUUCAAAGAAGCUGUUUUAAAUUGUGGGGUUGAUUUUUUUUUCUUCAAGAUUGUAUUAUUUUGAAGUGGCAACUUUCUCCUCUACUGCCCUUAGAGCGUUUGCCUGUGCACUUAGACUGUCACCUCCUGUGGCUUCCAGGUCUCAGCAGGGAGGCCAGGGUGUUGGCGGCCCUGCUCAGAGGGUCAGGGGGGCCGAGAGAGGCACAAGGCAUAUAGCUAGAAUGCUAAGGUGGCUGUGGUUGAGCAGGAGGCUUAAGGCAUUAGGGGAAGCACCCAGAGGAGGGAGGGUGCUCCUACUGCCAGAGGAGGCUACCUACAUGUGCAGCGGCACUAUACUACUUGCCAGCGCUUUUCCUAGGUGACAAGCACAAUACUACAGUCUCUACACUGUUUACAGCCCUGGGUACCAACCACCCCCAUGCUGGCUCUUGCCCACAGGCUCUGCUGUUGCUUAGCUAGUGGGGUGGAAUAAGGGUGGGAAUUUGUUUUUUAAAUUGAGUAAGGAGCCAAAUAGCUCUGUCCCUGGGUGCCAGGCCAGCCAGUUCUUUGGUUUCCUGAGGAGAACUUAACCCUCUUCUUAUAGCACCAUCCAGCCUCAGGGUUUUGGGACUUGAGGAUGAAUGUGAAUGGAAAGGGAAAGGCCAGAAAGGCAGGGAUGGGUCUGUGGAGGGAAGAGGAAGCAGGGAGGAAUUUGUGACAGAUCCUACCCAGAAUUCCACACUGGCAGGAGUGAGAGCUGGGAAAACAGGAUUCUCCAGGGAAGGGUGGUAUGGUGCAGCUAGUGACUUGGAGAUGGGGUGGAGGUAGAAGCACUGUUCUAGCAUGAUGCAUUCUGGGGUUGACAGAGGAAGGAAUCUCACCAGAACUCCUGGUGAGAACUCCUGCUCUGGGAUCCGCAGGCUGCCCAGUAUUGUGCUUAAGACCACUCUUACUAGAAGGAAAUAGCAGCCAAGUGGAGGGCCAGUAAGUAUAUGGUAAGUUGCUUGAUUUUUCUGGAAGGGUGAUUGGAUGGAAAGAGGCCAGAAGCCCCAGUCUGAGUGAUGGCUGUGCCCCACAGUCUGACUGCACAGAGCCACCUCUGUUGGCAGGAGGCGCUGAGGCUCCUGUGUAUUGAGAAGCCUUGUUUGCCAAUAUAUUUUGUUUUCAAUUCCAAGAGAAGCUCUGGGAAAACCUGUGGAUAAAACCAAAUGCCAAACGUUGGAUGUUGUUUCUUUUUCCUUUUCUCUCUCUGAUUGUUUUAAUUGUUCUGUGGUGGUUUUAAUGGAUUUGAGACCCUGGAGCGGCAGCUGCCUUUCUGAUUUCCAGCUGCUUUUUGUGAAUAAUUUAAAAAGAAAAAAAAAAGAAACUUUACAUUUUGGAGACAAACCUGUGUGAGUUUUUUAUUGGUACAAACGUUGUAUUUAACACUAGGGGUUUUGUACAGUUUUUUGCCUUUUCUACUAGAAAACAAUGUAAAGUGAUUUCACAAUGUGAAGAGAAAAAAAAUUGCCACUAUGACCAAACGCACAGUCUGUUCUGCAGCCACAACGGGAUUUAAUCAACUCAAAGUCGUGAUUCAGCCGUAGAAUGCUUUUCCUUGACCUUGUUUGAGCUUUCCUUUCUUUCCUGUUUUGAUUUGCAAAAGAAAAUGUCUUUUUGUGUGAACUUGUGUUGUACUCUGUAGAAAAUUAUGGAUUUUGCUUUAAUGGUUUUUUAAAAAGGCAAGAAGAGCCCUUGCUGCUUUUCUUACCUAAUCACAGAGUUUGUGUAGUGGAUUAAAAAAAAAAAGAAAAAAAAGUUGUUACAAGUUUGGAGCAAAGGAGUAUGUGUUUCAAAGGAUUCUCCUUCCUUUUUUUGUGUGUUUUUUUCCUUUUGUCCCAAUGGGGAACCUAAAUCUGUUUUAAUUGCACAGACACACGGACAAAAAGUCAUUUUGUAUCUGCCAAGUGUGGUACCUUCCUUUGUUUAUUUGCUAUUAAACUGUUUGAGAAGAA